GUCGCAGUCUAAACUUUAGGUAGUUUUUCGACAGUUCUUCACUUUAUAUUAGAUUUUUUGAAUACUGUAAAUGACGGUUAAGUCCUAGAUUAUUUUGCUGAAAUUUUAUGACACGGUUUUUUUUAUUUAAUAUUAAUGUUUUAAAUACAAAUGAAAUCGAAAUGAACUCAAACAGUUGGAAAAAGGUGGAAAAUGAGUCUGGAUAUCCAACUUAUAUCGAUGAGGUGACUGGAAAACAGCAAUAUGAUCAUCCGGAGUUCAAGAAGAUUUUAGAAUCACUUGAGGAGCACGAUGCAAUUAAAUACAGCGCAUACCGGGUCGCUUUCAAAAUAUAUACUUUACAGAAACAUCUGAGAGUUCCUCCUCUUCGCAUCAGUUCAGGAGUAUUUGCUAGACACCAACUGAGUCUAUCAGAAAGCAGUCUAUCUCUAGACACAGCAGAGCUUGAGUCAGUUCUAGCAGACAUAUACUUUGCUGCGGAGAAGGAGGGAUUAUUCUCUGGAGAUAUUGACCUGGCUGUGGACCUGGUGAUAAACUUGCUGCUUAAUGUUUAUGAUAGGGAUAGAAAAGAGCCAAUAAGAGUGCUAGCUGCAAAGACCCUUCUAAUAAUCUUAAGUGAAGAAACUGCAGCAGACAAAUGGGUGGCGCUAUCCAACUGUUGUAUGGACCACAAUGGAUGUGUGUCUCCAAAGAGGCUGUCGGCCCUCUUGACGCAUGUGACUGCUUUGUCUGAGUAUUUAGGUGUAAGCUGUGACCAUGUGAAGGAAGAUGUUGAGGCCUGUUUUGCUAAGAGUGCGGGCAUGCUGGGCGUGAGCGGCGCGGCGGUGUGCGCGUGGGCGGCGGCGGGCUGCGGCAGCGCGCGCUGGCUGGCGGCGGCGCAGCGCGUGGUGGCCAGCCGCAGCCGCGCCAGCGUGUCCGCGCUCUGCGCGCUCUGUGCGCAGCCGCUCAUACAGGUGUUGAAAUUCAAAUGCGCUAAAUGCAGUGACGUAUAUUUCUGCGAGAAAUGUUACUUAUAUGACAAGGAUCUGACGACGGUCAGUGGCCAUAAGAAGACGCAUUUGGUUCAUGAAAUUAUGGAAAGUCAGCCUAAAUCAUCAGAAUGCCUCGGCCUCCUAAAAGGAAUAAAGCGAUUUUUCUUCUGUACGAAAACAAAGAAGAAACGGCCAAAGAAAGGCUCUAAGAAGAGUACGGACAAAGUGGACACUGCUUCUUUAAAACGAAGGAAAGAUGGCAAGCCGGCCAUAUUCACAUCUACUGUGGGCAAGGCAUCUGGCAAUAAUGCCAAUAACCCGACUUCUAUGCUACAGGAUAUUAUUACGCAGUUGGAAACACAGAAUAAGGCUUUACAAGACUUAUCAAAUCAACUGCAAAAUGAUUUAAAGAAUACUGAAAACAAUGAAUUGCGAACGAAAGUGGAGGCGCACUGGAAUCACAUAUCCACACAGAUCAAUAGGCUUAAGUUGUUGAAGGAUAACCUAUCAUCAAGCCAGCCAUCAAUAGCACAGGAGACCACUUCGAAACCAGACAAAGCUGAACGACCACAAGCCUUCGACCUGUUCAGUCCCAUACCAGUUCUAGACAGUGAAAAGCAGUCCAAACUACCAGAAAUCAAAAACCAACCGAGAGUACUAAGUUUGGAUUCCGGGAACUUCUCUGUGGUGUCCAAGCAAGAGAGCCAGAACCUUCUGACGAUGUCCGGCGAUGCGCUGAAGCCGGUUGUAGUGCACGCGACCUCGGAUAGUAUAUCCACUGUCUCCAUGAAUGAUAUCAGUAAUUGGUAUAAUGAAACAGAAUCCCUCCCAGACAAGCGUCGCUCAACUAAAGUCCGUCAAGCGGACACGACGUGCCAGUCGCUCUCCGCAGUGGAGAAGAAGUACGCGGCCGACAUCAAGUCUGUAGAGAACAGUAACGACAAGAUGAAGGAACUCAAUGCUGAUCUCGAUACCGUGCUGGAUAGACUGCAGCAGAUCUUAACUAAUAACUUCGCUAUGGAUGAGUCAUGUUUCGACAACACUCAACUGCGCGAAACAGCGAAUGAGAUGGAAGGCCUGCUCGGAACUUUAAUACGAGGCGUGGAACAAAGAGCCACACUCAACGCUACUAAGGGCCUCGUGUAAUAUGCAGAAACUAUUAAAUAUUAUGGUUAUGUAAAGGUGAAAGCAGAUGAGCGUAAUUUUGCCAGCUGUAUCCGUAAACCGCUGCAGUUUAAGGACUUGGUUCACUGUCUUAAAUUAUAAAAAUAGACAUUUAUAUGUUUAACUACAUACUGCUCAUAUGAAAAGUUUUAGAGCUCCUGACUGUGGUUUCAAUAAAAAGGUCAAAGAUGAUUCGAAAUGAUGCUUAUCUGUUUUUGCCUUAAGUAAGAGUUUAUGCACUGUUUGUUUUGUUGUGAUGCACUGUGAUUAAAGUUUGAAUUGCUCAUCUAAGAGACGAUAUGCUACAAAAGACUGCCAUUUCCUCUCACCGAUAUUCGGAUUAUGUUAAAUUGUGUUAAAAUUGCUUGAAAAUAAGGUAUCAGGUGUUACAAACCGUUUUGCAUUGUAUGGAAUUUAAAAUAGAGUUCCUUUUUCUGAAUAGAAACUUCAAUAUGCGAGUUAGUCGCUGAGCGACGAGCUAUAAGAACAAUCUUCAAAUACAUAACUGAUUUUCUGUAUUUAAAAUGACAAACAAGCAUCGUGAAAUGCGAAUUCUUAUGACUUUAUUAACAAUUUUUAGUAUUAAAAUUAGGUUGAAAUAUAACUGAUAUUGUCGACGUCACACGUACAUAAGAGAAAAACUUUCUAAAAACUGUAGAACUUUUUACACUAUUUAAUUGUGUUUUCACAAAUAUUGUUUAGUAAAAGACUAAUGCAUUUUUGAGCAUUUAAAAUGAUUAAAAUAGUAAAUUAUGCAUUUAAAAUGCUUUUCCUGAUAAAGGAACUGAUAUUGCAAAUAAAAAUUUAAAUAAAUUUAGAUAACGCCCAAAAUGCAAUUUAAACUUUUGACAUUCCAUUGAAUCGGAUUCUUAAAUUAACAUUUUAAUGAUUUUAGCCUAUUUUACUGAAAAAAUAGCCCUAUGUAAAUAAUUUUCGUACUGCUUUUUUAGUAAGACAUAAAUAAUGGACUUAAUCAUUAAACGUCAACUGAUUUUUACGUAACUUACUUGUGACAAUCAAUACUUCGUUUUGUAUGAACAACUUUAAAUAAUAAGAAAAUAAAUCCUAUUUUGUAAUGUUGAUUGAAAAGUAAAAAAAUAAGACUACUCAUUUACACCUACUUUUAGGAUAUAAUUUAACAGUGUAAUAAUUCUCAAUAGAAUAUUUAAUUAAGUACAAUAUAAGAAACCUUUGCCGUCCUUGUAAUUAGGUGCUCAAUUUGUGAACAAAA